AUCUUCUAUAUCAACAACUACCUACAGCUUAAGGUUAUUUCCGAUUCAACAGGUUGUAUCGGUAUUUUGUGUGUGUAAUUGUAUUCAAUAGCUACAGAGAAGUUUCUUUGGGUGUUUGUUCCUUUCAACAUUUUAACCAGUGAGUUACUGCUGAGAAUCCACUUAAUAAGCGACUAUCCCUGUUUUUACAAUUGUACUCCACCUUCAAUAUGAGUGUUAAAACUGCAACAGCUGUUGAUGAACCUUUCACUGGACCAAACUUGAACAUCACUCUUGUUUGUCCAGACUGUAAGAUAUACCCUCCUGAUCUUAUUGAAAGAUUUAGUGAGGGGGAUAUCGUGUGUGGUAGUUGUGGGCUCGUCUUAAGUGACAGAGUUGUUGAUACAAGAUCUGAGUGGAGAACUUUUAGCAACGACGAUCAAAAUGGUGAUGAUCCCAGCCGUGUGGGUGAUGCUGGGAACCCACUUUUGGAUCAUGAAAACUUAUCCACGAUGAUAUCGCAUUCCCCUGACAGUUUAAGGAUUGGUCGGGAAUUGAGUAGAGCCCAGUCAAAGUCUUUGGUGGAUAAAAAAGAUAACGCUUUGGCUGCAGCCUUUGCGAAGAUAUCUCAGAUGUGUGAUGGUUAUCAGUUGCCUAAGAUUGUUCAAGAUGCCGCAAAAGAGGUUUAUAAAUUGGUGUAUGAAGAGCGGCCAUUGAGAGGGAAAUCACAAGAGUCCAUCAUGGCCGCUUCCAUAUUCAUUGGAUGUCGGAAAGCCAAAGUCCCUCGUACGUUCAAAGAAAUAUGGGCUUUGACUAAUGUGCCUCGUACAGAAAUCGGUAAGGUAUUCAAAAUCAUGGAUAGAAUCAUCCGGGAGAAGAAUGCUAUAAACCCAGCUGCAUUCUCUUUGGUCGAAGAUAACAUUCAGACCACCCAAACCUCGGCUGAAGAUUUAAUAAGAAGAUACUGUUCUCAUUUGGGGUUGGGAACUCAAAUCACAAACGCAGCCGAGUAUAUUGCUAGGAGAUGUAAAGAAUUGGGUGUUUUGGCAGGAAGAUCGCCAACCACGAUUGCGGCCACCGUGAUUUAUAUGGCCAAUGUGAUAUUUGGGGCCGACUUACAACCUUCCAAGAUUGCUGAUAAAACAGGGGUUAGUGAAGGAACGAUAAAAACGUCGUAUCGGGUCAUAACAGAACAAAAAGACGAGUUAACAAAUCCUGCUUGGACUUUACCUUCUAGUGAUGUUCAAGGAAAUACAGGAAGGUAAACGUAUUGUGGUUUUAAAAUUGUAAUUGCUUUUCAUCAAUAUGGAUAUGGCUUUAGCUUAUUGCCAAGAACAUUGUUAAAAUUGGAGGGUUUGAAUAUACCUUUUAUGUAUCUUAAUCGACACAUUGUAUUA